ACCGCAGCCCUAGCGCGCCGCCACCUUCACCUUCGCAGCCCUAGCCGCCGCCGCCGCCUCCAUUGCUGCUAUACCCGCAACCAUGGGUCCCGUGCUGAAGCGCCCGACCCCGGGCACAGUGCAGUGUUUCGGGCGCAAGAAGACGGCCGUGGCCGUGGCCUACACGAAGCCAGGCCGAGGGAUGAUCAAGGUGAACGGCGUCCCGAUCGAGCUGCUCCGUCCCGAGAUGCUGCGGCUCAAGGCCAUGGAGCCCGUGCUGCUGGCGGGGCGGUCCAGGUUCAAGGACAUCGACAUGCGGAUCCGCGUGCGCGGCGGCGGGAAGACGUCGCAGAUCUACGCCAUCCGCCAGGCCGUCGCCAAGGGUCUCGUGGCAUACUACCAGAAGUACGUCGACGAGGCGGCGAAAAAGGAGAUCAAGGACAUCUUCAUGCGCUACGAGCGCACCCUCCUCGUCGCCGACCCCCGCCGCUGCGAGCCCAAGAAGUUCGGCGGCCGCGGCGCCCGCGCCAGGUUCCAGAAGUCCUACCGCUGAGCGCCAGCGCCUGCCGGACCGCUGUCGUGGCUCCGUUUAGCUACGACUUUACAGAACUCUGAUAAUAACAUGGUUGGCGAUUCGUAGGCUUCUCAGGCUUUAUUUUAUUUUAUUUUAUUUUAGUUUAUGUUUAUCCUAUUUAAGUGCAAUACUGGUGCCUCAAAUUUAGCUUAUAGUAUACACCGAUUGGUAUUUUAUAUUUAUGCACUUCGUAUAGCGUUCUUAAUUCCAUGAUUAUCCUUGCGCAAGAUCGACCAAUCGGCCA